AUGAUCUACGUGGAAGAGGUGUUAACCCAGGUUAAUACGUUUUGGUUUAAACACCAGCUUUUUGGUCCGCCUGAGACUGCAGCUGUGCUGAAGCGCACUGUUGAGGCUCUUAUGGAGAGAGGAGCCGUUGUGAGGAACCUAGAAAACCUGGGAGAAAGGUCUCUGCCUUACAAAAUCUCCAAGCACAAGGAGCGCCACAGAAGAGGAGGGUAUUUUUUGAUAGACUUAGAGGGCCCACCUUCGAUUGUAUCGACCAUGAUGGAUCAUUUAGGACGUGAUAUUGAUGUAAUUAGACGUGCUUUUAUAAAGCAUCCUGUGUCAAAGACAGAAGAAUGCAGUGGCAUAAUUCCAGUCAACUAUGAAGAUAAACUAAUUGCCAAGAAGAAGUGAAUAUUCCAAAUAGCAUGUUUGAAACUUUUAAAAAAAUUUUUUAUUCCUGCUUUGGAAAACAAUUGUGAUAACUAACUAAUGUCCAUCAAAAAUAAUCAGUUUUGGCCAUGUUAUGUGUGUGGUGUAGUACACUAUCUUAAGUUAUUGUAACAUUUGAGGUUUCUUUUUGUUUCAAAUAAUUUGAAUAGACUUAAUCUGUAUGCUUAUCUUGAUAUUUGACAACUCUGAAAAUUGAUUUUCUUUUCUCUUAGAGCAUUACAUUGAUAAUGAAGAUUUAUCCAUCAUCAGAAUGCUAAAAAUAGCAUUCUUUUCUAAAGACAGAUUACUUCAGAGUAUGUAUAUUUACAUAAGAAAUUAAGAAGUCUACGGUGUAAAUAUAGCAGUAUAGGAUGUGAUUUGUUGGAGGGGUUUUUUUUGCUUGGUUUUGGAAAAAGGUAAUAAAAGCGUGAUUAAAAAUAAAA